CGGGCGCCUCCCUCGGCCCCGCCUGGCGGUGGUUCCUUCCCGGGGUGCCUUAGUUUCCCCAAGCUCCGCCCCUGGGAGUGGAAGACCCCGCUCCCUGCACCCCAUUCCACCCCGCCCCUGGCGGAGGAGACCGGCGUCUCCCGCCUGAGUGUGCAACACCACGGACCCUGCCCCGGGAGUGGGGCUCCAGACCUGCGCUCCGCCCGCAGUGCGGGAUGCUGCCCUGGCUGCCUGCCCCUCCGCUCUGCCUGCACAUGGGCAUGCUCACAGGUGGAGUGCGAUCCUCAGCACGCCUUCGGGCCCGAAGUAACUCUUCAGCCAGCUCGGCCUCUGCCGAGGACAUUGCCAGCUCCACAUCUGCCAAGACAGCAUGUCUGGCUUCCUCAUCACACAAGACUACAGACAGACGCACUUCCAAAAAGUUCAAGUAUGACAAAGGUCACCUUGUAAAGGCAGAAUUACAGAAAGCUGACCCUAAAAGUGACACUUAUUCUUUGCCAAAAGUGGCCCCUGUGGCCCCUUGUGAAAAUGAGUUUGCAGAGGGCAGUGCUGAGGCUACUGUCCCUGCACCGGAGAGUGAAUCGCCUCCCCAGGGCUGCUCCCAGCCUGUGAGUGAGGAGCCCUCAGCAAAGACUGAAGAUGCCCUGCCCACGCCAGAGCCCAGUAGCGCUGCCGCAGCACAGGAGCCUGAUGAGAGCUCUGCCCAGCAGACGGCGCCUGUGCCCAGGACAGAGGAGGUGCAGGCACCUGUGCUCCAGAUGGACAGCAGCGUCUUUCUAGAUGAUGACAGCAACCAGCCCAUGCCUGUGAGUCGCUUCUUCGGGAAUGUUGAGCUUAUGCAGGAUCUGCCACCAGCCUCUUCAUCUUGUCCUUCCAUGAGCAGACGAGAAUUCAGAAAAAUGCAUUUCAGAGCCAAAGAGGAUGAGGAUGAGGAUGAUGCGGAGAUGUAGAAUGGUGUCUUCAUCUGUUCGGUAGUUCACAGUCGGACGAUGCAGCAAGUUUUAAGAUUUCUGUAUGGCAUCUCCAAGAGAACAUGCUCUUAAUUGAAUACAGAAUUGACAUGUCACCUGCGCAGACACUCGGCUCCUAUGGACGGGUUCCUUAUGACCACAGGUUGCUGCCACCACUGCUGUACUGCCGUCUUUUCCUCCCUUCUUAGAUGUGCCAUCCUGGCACAGGUCAGCAGGGGGCUGGGCAGUGGGAAAUAAGGAAAAUUCCUGAGUGUUUUGGUUUUGGUAACGCAAGCUUCCUUUCCAUGCCAAACUGAUCACUGGAGAUGAAUUCAGUUUCUUCUGGAAGGACUCCUGUUUCUGAGGGAAGCUAAUCAUUUAUCUUAUAGUUUUUGCAAAGUGCAUAUGAGAAGGAAAUAAAAUAUAUUUUGAAAAUA